GUCUUAGAACUACACUCAACCCAUCACUCAGACUCCAGUCAGCUACCUCAUGAUGUCGUCUGACCUAUCUUCCUCCCAUGAUGCUUGGGCAAGCACACCGCCCAAGGCGACGAGACCAAAUUCAUGCUGUGAAUCUCCGAACCUCCUCGGCGAGUGCAUGUUUCUCGGCUUCGUGGCUAUUUUGGGAAUCACUUGCGUGUUGCUCUGCAAGUUGAUUCUGUGGUUAUUCCACAUAGAGAUAGACUUUGGACAACCAGCCUGGCUUCAGUGGCUUCAACGACCUGAGAAGCAAGACGUCAACACCUGGCUCAACGGCCAAAAGUCAAUCAUCAACUUUUCCUUCGCUGGCGUCUCGAAGCCACAAGACACCCUCCGCCUUCGUGCAGCAGCCAACGAGAAUAUUGCCCUUGCCUUCAACAUCACCAAUUCUUUAACUACCGCUUCAACUUCGACCCACAAGAAUUUCCUGAAAAUGGCCUCUGGUAUCAUCAACCGUCCAGGCCGAGACUGGAUCAAGCUCUUUGAGAAAGCCACUUCCACUCUCACAGCUGAACUCCUCCGCGACACAAGCCAACCCCUUCACCUAGCAGAAGCCACCCGAAUAACCUGCCUCAAAGUCGUGCUCAUCGAUAACUUUCAGAUCUCUUCGGGCAGUUUGCCACGGGACUCACUGGUCAUCAUCACCGACGAAAUCAACAACCAAUGGCUUAAAGCCAAGUCGUCUUCGGAGAAACCCGUGAUAUCAUCGCUUCUCAUCCACCACCUCACUGCCCUACAACGCAGGGACCCUCGGUGUUUAUGCUGGCCAUUCGACCAACUAAAGCCGGAGGAAAUCCUCGGUAUGAUCAUGCCCCAAUACGAAACACUCUGGCGCGUCGUCAUGGUCACUUACAUCCUCGCCUUUCACCUCUAUCCUUCGCCUACCCUUCCAUCAAGGAUCUCUUCUGUUCCCGAGUGUCUCGGGACGAGUUCUCUCAAGGAGAGGGAGGCCCUCAAACUGGCAAAAGAAGGCCUCCGUCUCACCCCCUCCAACAAACGCAUCUACCGCCACACCCCUUCCUCCUCCUUCAAGAUCAAAGCCGACCUCGAACUCAUGCACCGGCACCCCUCCAUCUGGGGUCCCACCGCCCUCGAGUUCUCCCCCUCCCGCUUCGACAACCUCAGCCCCCUCCAAACAGAAGCCUACCUACCUUACUCCCUCCGCCCCCACCGCUGCCCAGCCUUUGGGGGGUUCGGAGACCGGAUGGUGACUUGUCUUGUUGUUGCCAUGGGUCGAGUCCUCGACACAAAAGCUGGCAAGGUCUUCAACACUGAACCGACAAAGAGGGCUGGGGUGGUUGAUACAGGGAGAGAUGGGCUGGAGGGGUGGAGAUACCAAAGAGGGUAAAGGGAGAAAAAAAAGUCAAAAGGUUAUGGGCGACCCCGGAAUCGAACCGGGGUUUCUUCGGAUCGUAUGUGAUAUUCUUGCGAAUAACCACAACGAAGCGUCCUGACCACUAGACUAGUCACCCGGUGAGGUAUUUGAGUUUGUUGUUGAGUUUCAGUGGCGGAGUUGGAGGUUUUGAUGGCGUGGGAGGUGGGAGUGCAGAACAGAUGUCCGUAGCCUCUGAACUUAAAUUUGCACACAACACACACAAAUAUUAGACAGAAAUUUUGUCGAGAUAUAUACCACCC